GAGAGGCGCUGCAGAGCAGCGUCGUCGCGGGCCGCCAUCCGCGGCGCAUAGCUGCCUCCGCAGGAGCGCAUUAAACGCGCUGCCUCGAGAUGACAGCGCGGGGCAGCGCGCGCGGCGCCCCAGCGUGACCUGGCUGUGCUACCGAGGUACCACAGUGUCAAGCAAUGGCCGAGACCUCGAAGAUGAUCCGCGCCAGCAGCUGCCCGCGAGGCCAGAUGGUCUUGAGGGUUACGAAAGACCAGGAGGGCAGCGAGGACCACCUCGUCGCAACCAGUGACAUAGGGAGCUGGAUGAAGGUCAUGCCGACGUUGUUUAAGGCGGCGCCCUCGGAAGAUUAUGAAUGGUGGUACCCGACGCCGAAGGGCGUCGGCGACGCGUGGGCUCCAUUAGUGUUAGGAGAUGGACAUAGACUCUCUCUGGAAGCGUGGUGCGACAAGUGGAAGAAGGCGCCCAAAAGAAGUCUCAAUUUAGCGCUGGAGGACGACUGGCGCCACGUGAUCGAGGCCUGGGACCACGGCUGCAAGAGCCGCUACCGCAGCCGUGCGAGAAAGUGCGGCAAACAAUUAGCUCAAAGAUUAAGUGAGGGCUACGACCUGGAAGCUGCCCUAGAUGCGUGCUGGGAGUUCGCGCACGAGCCGUCGAACGCCACGUCGUGCGGGUCUUUAGCAAGGCAAGUUGCUUCAAAUGUAUUGUCCGAGGAUCCGGCGAUACGCAUCGCGGCGUGUCGCGCGGCCUGGCGCUUGUGCGAGGCCGACGAGGGUAUUUGUCGGGAACUGGUCCGAAGAGGAUUGGCCUCCGCUCUGGUCGGAGCUGUAGAAAGAAGGUGCGACGUUGCAUUGGGUUGUUUGGUGGCCUUGGCGCACCGCGACGACGCCGUGCGGACCGAGGUGCUGGCGUCGGAACGAGGACUGCGCGCGUUGGUGACGAGCGCGGCUUUAUUUCGUUCGACGCUAGCUUUAGGUGGUUUGUUGUUCGGCGUGACCGUGGCUUCCUCUGAAGUCAGGGAGCAUUUGUGUGUCGCGAGUGAUAUUGAAGAGGAAGCGGUGGUGCUUCCGGAGCCGGAGGCGACCGACGCGCCGGCGCCGGCGCCCGAGGACGUGGCGAGCGCCCCGGCGCCGGCCGUCACGGCAGCUUCCGGCGCGCUCGCGGCGCUGGCACCCUUACUCGCGUGCGACGACGCUCGCUUAGCGGCGGCGUCCGUCGGCGUCCUCGCGAGCGAUCCCGCCCUGACAGGCGUAUACCCGGGCGCCACAUUGUGUGUAGAUGCCUGUGCAUUACUUGUCGAAAGAUCCUUAAACGAAGAGGACUUCGAGACCGCGCAUAUAGCCGCCAAAGCGGCGGACGCCUGCGCGUCGCUUUCAUGCGCGGAAGUCCCGGACGUCGAGCGUUUAUUGGACCUCACGAAGCGGUGCGUCGAUCUCACUCAACCCAAGGUCGCGCGGGCCGUCGCGAGCGCCCACGCCCGCGUCAUCGCGCGGGGCGUCUCCUAUCAGAGCGUGGAAAAGUGGAUCCUGAGCGUGCUCGGUGAAUUACUGCCUUCCUUGGACGAGCGCGUGACGCGAGCUUUACCGGAGGCGAUCAAGACGGAGAACGGGAGGAAGGCAGCUUUGUCGACGAAUUGUUUCCGGGUGCUAUGUGAACUCCUCAAGUCCGAGACGUAUACGUCUCAGGUUUUAGAACCGGUAGCUUGUAGCCUGGAAAUUUUGAGCAGGGGCGGCUACGACCCCUGCUCCGUGGUUUUGAAACCGAACGCCUGGAACGAUGUGAGCCAUGUGCAGCCGUUCAUCGACAGCUUCGCAUUGACCGGCAAGGCUUAUAGGGACAAUAGAGAAAGAAGAAACGUCGUCGGCUUCGGCGCCAUUGCGGUGGCGCGAUUAGCCAGGCAUUGGGCUGGAUCAUGUUCAAAGAAGGGCAAGUACGCCAAGGAUUCACCAUUGCUCAAGCGGAAGUGCCUCGGGACGCUAUGUGCUAUCACUAGGCUAUUGGCAGAGGGUGGCGUCGACGCGUUUACGUGCGCCGCGUCGACGGCGCUGCGCAUCCUCUUGUUGGGCGCGGCGUCCAUCCCCAAGCCCAGUGUUGGGGAGUUGCUCGAUCGCGGGGCUGUUGAGAAGGCCGUGGUUUCUGUACUCGUCAACGAAUCGCCGGAAGAACAAAUGGAUAUGAGAGAUGAGAACGGCGUCCAAGCGCGGCGGGAGAUGUUGGAAUUGGUCUGGAAGCUCACGAAGGAUAACUGUGAGGAUGUCGAAGCUUCUCGCAUCGACGCGCGCGGCUUCGGGCCUGCUCUCGUGAAGCCGCUCUGUGUUUUGUUGAGGAGCGACCACGCUCGUUCUCCAUCCUCGGACUCGAAGGAGCUCACGGGAGCGGCGUGCCGCGUUUUACUACGACUGUGCUGCGAGACCGCUGUCGGUGCGAGGGAACUGGAACAGAACGGUUCAGAUGUCGUGACCGAGGUCUUGAGGUGCCUCGAACCGGGCAACAACGCCCUAAUCCAGGAAACAGCAUUAUUUUCGGUACAACUACUAGCAGCAAGAGACCGAAGACUAGGUGUUCGGUUAGCGAAGCAAGGGUCGAAGAGAAUAGCCGCGUUGUUAAGUACCGAGCACACCCACGACGUCCGCAAGGCCGCCCUGCACGCUUUGUUAAAUCUGUCCGUCGCAAAGGACGCGUGCUGGCCCGUGGCCAAGCACGCGCUCGAGCCGACGCUCGACGCGUCCGACGAACCUUCGGAGUUGAGGACCUACGCCGUGUCGCUACUCGCGAACUUGUCAAGAGACGCGCGAGUUUGCUACCAGAUCCACUUGCGGAAGCUGCGGGUCGACUUCGGGAACUGCGGGCGGAAAAAACUGGCCAAAUUGAACAAGCCCUCGCAGUCGUCGAUUACUUCAUCUUUAAGAAAUAAACUGACGAAGUACGACAAUGUCCAAAGAUUGUUCGAGGACUCGGUCUGCACCGUCCGAAGUACUGAUGUAGUGUCAAACCCGAUCGACUUAGCUGCCGCAAACGCAAGGAGGCUCGAGGCCAAGAGACAACUCUCAGCGAUGCCCAACUCCCUCUGGACCCAGCCCAAGGGCGAUAAAACGAUAAGAAAGAUGCUGAAGGAUGCGGUGCAACGGCCGAGGACGGCGCCGCUCCUUUCGCGGGGCGGGGUUCAGUUCGAGACGCCGCUGUUGCGGGAGGCUCCAAGGAUGGGUUCCUUUAGGGUCGGUCCUGCGCACGACAAGGGCGGCGUCAGCCCGUGGAAUCCCGUCGUUGCCAGAGGCGCCGCGGCGCCGAAGCUCGGGAAAAGGUGUGUGCUAGCUCCGGGCGGCGCGAGAAACACCUUCCGGUUCCCGCCGGGGUUAGCUACGGGAAAUGACGGCGAGACGCAGUUGUGCUGCUUCAAGAGCUGUGUCGGUGCCAAGCUUUACGUCGGCGACUGCCCGACCUUCUUCCUACCUCGCAAAAGAGAUGACGAGGUCGACGACGUUCCCGAGGACGACUUAGACGGGCCCGAGGUGUCCGCGGCGUCGAAGGCGCUGCGUAAUUUGUCCUUCGCGAAGGCUAUCGGAAAGUUCAAGGCUACGCUUGAUGAUAAGGACGACGACGAGACGGAAUACACGGCCUACCACUUAUUUCGGUCGACGCGCGUCGCGUGCGAGGUGCUCCACCCGGGCCAAUGGCGGGACGGCACGCCACCGCCGGGCUGGGUGCCCGACGAUCAUGAAAACGAGUUUGCCAUGGUCUUUAUGGAGAAGCCACCUUCUUGUAUUUUGAUCAGAGCUCCAUUUCCGCCCCAUGCACCGUCCGUGACGCGACACUACAUGUCUGAGUUAGAGCAAGCACCUCCCGGUUCCUGGGGCCGCUUAGCACCCUGCCCCCUCUGUCUGUUCUGCACGAAGCGACCCGUCAUACCAGUAGAAGAAGAAGUAGCCCCUGAGCCGGAGUCGACCUGGACGCUCGAGGCGUCGAUCUGGGCGCCGCGCAAGCUCGAGUCCGACGCCAGGGACUUUUAUGAUACGCCGAAAGUGCUGCAUCGCGGCUUCGCUAAAGAUUGGACGUAUCUCACGCAGAUGCCAAGGUUCCCGAACUUCGCCAAAAGAUUGGCUGGUUAUUCUAUGAGGGACGCGAAGGAAGCACCCGCAUCGGUUAUUGAAGCUAUCAAACACGGCGCGGAAGUCUUGUAUGGCGCAUUACUGCCGAUCCUGAAGCACUACGCGGCCGUCGACCUAGCAUCAAAUAACGCCUUCGACCUCAACAUGACGGACUGGAUCGCUUACUUACGUGCGACUGAUUGUUUUGAUGAUGAUGAACAAUCACCAACGCACUUCACGCCGGAGCACGCGCAAAUUGUGUUUCGACAGUGCAAAGUAGAGAUUGGUGUUUCGAAGGAAAUGCGUGCCGUGAACGACGACGAGCACCUGUGUAGAUAUGAAUUUCUGGACGCCAACCUACGAGUGGUCGAGGCGAAGUAUGACCUAGAUCACGAGCCGCCCGAUUCGCAUAGUCGAGAAGAUCACAUCCUAGAAUCAGUUGAACGAUUUAGGGAUGAACACUUAUCAAAACUACCGUAUGAACUCCACGAGUGCCCGGACACGUUCAGGAGAGAAUCUUUGUAUAACGAAGAAGUAGAUAUACAAUUGUGGAAGUACGAUAAAAUUUUGAAGGGUAUCUGGAGGGCGUAUGGUAACCAGUACCGUCACGCGGGACGGGCCAAAUUUUCGCCGAAUGUCUUCGCGGAGUUCCUCACGAAGUGCAUGCUCUGUCAUAAUAGUGAUGCGAGGGUCGCCGCGCGUCGGUCCUUCGCCUUCGGGAGAACGUUCUUCGUGGACACGUGCGACGCGGGGUACAAGGAACUGACCUAUAUCAACUUCCUGGAGGCGCUGUGUCGCUUCGUCCACGUCGAGGUGGAAGUGCCGCUCUUCGGCCACCUACGGGAGAUUGGCGUCAAUGAACUGUGUGAAUUCUACGAGGUUUUGCAUUUUAGAGCUACCAAUGGCGCCGACGCGGUCCACGCCAUCAAUGAAUUAAGACGCAUGCUGACGCCGGACACUGAACUAACGUUGGCGGAGAAAUUGGCUUUGGUUCUGCCGCACAUGCUCGCUUGUUUCUCGGUGACGUGCGGCGGCGACUUCGAGACGAAAUUGGACCAUGUCCGAUUGAAUACACUGUUGACAGAAGAGCAGAAGCAGAAGUGGAUCAAGAAGAAGUGCCAUAUAUCCCGGGGCGACUGCGAGCACGUCCUCGCGUUGGACGAGUUCAAGGCCGUGACCCACGCCGUCGACAAGAAACAUGUGUUUGCGGAGGCGGUGCAGCUCAAGAAGAGUGCGGAGAAGGGGGUCUCGGAUGGGGCGGGGGUCUGGUGAUGAUCUUGCUGUCGCGCCCCGUGUACGCCAUCGCUGAAGAAAAUGCCGCGUCGAUGGCGUGGAACACAAAGGCCGCCCCUGGCGUACGUGUAAGAAUUCGAAUGAUA